UCCGAGAAUAAUGCUCACCAGCAUAUCUUCCUUUCCCUUUUCCUUUUCCCUUUCCCUUCUCACUCCAACAAUUAUCUGACUCCAAACUCUUCACUCCAACCCUUCUCCGCUCACACACACGAAAAAAAAAAAAAAAACUCAGAACAAAUAAAUAUAGAAAAACCCUAAAACCGUUUCGGUGGAGGAAAACAUGGCCACCACCACCAGUCUUGGCGGCGGCGCUGGCGGAGAUGACCGCGUCCUAGCCACGGCUCAGCAGAUCGUGAAGAGCCUCAGAGCCGCCAAAGAGGAUCGCGAAGACAUGCUUCUGAUCUUCUCCACCUUCGAUAACCGACUAUCCGGCAUCUCCGACCUAAUAAACGGUGACGAUUCUAAAUCCUCUGAAGAGGAAGAACUCGACCGCUUCGAAGCCGCGGAGAAAGUGAUUCUCGCCGACGCAUCCCUCUCCGACGAGCCUUCGCGCCAAUCCACUUCUCUCUUCAACCCUCCUAACAAUCCCGCGGAGUACUUUUCCGCGGUUGAUGAGAUCAUCCACUGGAUGGAGCAGUUUUCGAUCGCGCCACCGUCCUCCGCCGUGGGGCGCACAGGGCCCGCCAUCGUGGACCGGGCGGAGAACGCGAUUCAGCUCGCGAUGUCUCGACUGGAGGACGAGAUGCGGCACGUGCUGAUUUGCAACACGAUCCCGCUCGACGCCGUGAGCCGCUACGGUUCGAUCAGGAGGGUUUCGCUCUCGUUCGGCUCGCACGACGGCGCCAUCGACGAUACCCUAGAGAGCUUCGGUGAGGUCGGCUCGAGUCGCUUCCAUGAGAGAGGCGCGAGUCUCGGCGACGAUUUGUUCGUCGAUUUGGUGCGUCCCGAAGCGGUUCAGGAUCUCAGGCAAAUUAUCGAUCGCAUGGUUAGGUCUGGUUAUGAGAGAGAGUGUCUUCAGGUUUAUAGCAGUGUCCGUCGCGACGCUCUGGAUGAAUGUUUAGUCAUUCUGGGUGUUGAGCGGUUGAGUAUUGAAGAGGUUCAGAGGGUUGAGUGGAGAAGUUUGGAUGAGAAGAUGAAGAAUUGGGUUCAGGCUGUGAAGGUUGUCGUUGGGGUUUUGUUGAGUGGUGAGAAGAGGCUGUGUGAUGGUUUGUUUGGGGAUUUGGAUGACUUGAAGGAGAUUUGUUUCAAUGAGACUGCUAAGGGGUGUAUUAUGCAGUUACUGAAUUUCGGCGAGGCUAUUUCGAUUUGUAAGCGCUCGCCGGAGAAGCUGUUUCGGAUUUUGGACAUGUAUGAGGCUCUGAGGGAUGCCAUGCCUGAUUUGCAGGCUAUGGUUUCGGACGAGUUUGUGAUUGGUGAGGCCAAUGGAGUGCUGAGUGGACUUGGUGAGGCUGCCAAAGGGACUUUUGCUGAGUUUGAGAAUUGUAUUAGGAAUGAAACUUCCAAAAAACCAGUCAUAACUGGGGAUGUUCACCCUUUGCCUCGUUAUGUCAUGAAUUACCUCAAGUUGCUUGUGGAUUAUGGUGACCCUAUGGAUUCGCUUCUGGAGAUUAGCGAGGAGGAUCUCCAUCGGUUUAAAAAUGAUCUUGGUGGUGAUGGUUCGCAGUUGGAGGCCAUGUCGCCCUUGGGGCAGCGGAUUCUGUUGCUCAUGUCUGAGCUUGAGUAUAAUCUUGAGGAGAAGUCCAGGCUUUAUGAAGAUAGUGCUAUGCAGCAGGUGUUUUUGAUGAACAACCUGUAUUACCUAGUGCGGAAAGUGAAGGACUCGGAUCUUGGGAAGGUCUUGGGGGAUAAUUGGAUUCGGAAACGACGUGGUCAGAUACGGCAGUAUGCUACAGGGUAUCUCAGAGCCUCUUGGAGCAGGGCCUUGUCUUGUUUGAAGGAUGAAGGGAUUGGAGGGAGCUCUAAUAAUGCGUCGAAGAUGGCUUUGAAGGAGAGGUUCAAAAGCUUCAAUGCCUGCUUUGAAGAAAUUUAUAGGGUCCAGACUGCUUGGAAGGUCCCGGACGAUCAGCUUCGGGAGGAGCUGAGGAUAUCUAUAUCGGAGAAGGUGAUUCCUGCAUAUCGCUCUUUUGUGGGUAGGUUUAGGAGUCAGUUAGAGGGAAGGCAUGCGGGGAAAUACAUCAAGUAUACACCAGAGGAUCUAGAGACCUAUCUAUUAGAUUUAUUUGAAGGAUCCCCUGCUGUAUUGCAUCACAUAAGAAGGAAAAGUACAUAGUACAUUAUAAGAUCUUUUAGCAGAUGAACUCAUUUUAUGAGGAUUACUUGAAAAUGGUUUCCUGUGUCAUGUGUAUUUCUACUUGGAUAGGUCUUUAUUUUACAGGUCUUAAUGUUAGAAUGGGAUUUUUGUGAAAUUCAAGUCUUCUCCUGGGCCCCUCCCUCAACAACCAAAAAAGAUUUUUUUUUUUUUUUUUCAUGCGAAUUCUGUAAUAUCUUUUGUACAUAGUGUCUCAUACAGGUUAUCUAUGUUGUUUAUACUUGUUCAAACAGUACAUUCAUUAGCUAUCAUAAAUUCAGACCAUGUGUGUUUACGUA